AAUGGCCCAGUAAAUAACAAACAGUACUCUUCAGGGCCCAGUCGUGGUCCAGUGUUAUUAUAGUACGGCGUGAGAUUCUAGAAUCUCGACACGGGCAGCCCAAGCUGGUGACCAUUCGCCGUGGUCCAUGGAGCACGUCUGCUUGGUUUUUCUCAAAAAUAAAAAAGAGACGUCUGCUUGGUGACGCUCGUCGAAAAGAACAGAAAAAGGCAAGCUGCGAACGGCGAUCCGACGAACGCCACGACGAGCCGGCAAAAAGACGGCCUCGGAAUCGAUACCAUGAGUGCAGUAGCAGGCUAGCAGUUCAUGGCUCGUGAUCGUGAGGCGUAGUUUAGCCGACAGAGCUGGAAAGGAAAGGAAAGGAAUUAGUGAGUUGUAGUAGCGGCGAGUGGUUGCCCACACGGUCGAGUACUACACUGCUCUCAGUCCACUUUAGGCGUCAACUUUUCGGCAAACAUCAUUUCCGUUUCUAGAUUCAGUACGGGAGCCGCUAAUGAGAAAAGGCAGUGCAAUAAUCAUCUUCACAAUUCGCUCGAGUAGAGUACGUGCGAUGGGUUCUGAUAGAAAUGAGGGGUGCAUGGCAGCUGGCAAAGGCGACGGGUUUCGGCGUUUAGAACAUGUCCUCGUGCCCGGAUUUAUUAGCCCUACAGCGUCCACGUCCCCCUGUUUGUAAUCCACAUCGCUUACCAAUAAGAACCUAAAUUGCAGUUCCAACAGUCAGCGCGGAACACAUCGCAGCCUCGGCACGUACGUACGAUCAUGUUUGGAAUUUACCCUGCACGGCGAGAAGAACAAUCCCGAUCGCCCGUCCCCAUCAAAAUCACAAUCCCCAAUUCGAUCGGUAGAUUCGGGCAGAUGCCAUUUCCGGACCCAACCUGCCCCCUGACCAACGAGUAAUAAAUACUCUAAAAAAGAAUGGCCGCCCGUCUGAUCCGAAACACGAGCACGAGGAAGAAGCAAGAGGCUUUUAAUUAGGGAAGUGCCGUGCACCACGCAAAGACAAAAGCAGGAGUUACACAAAUCGGACGACAAACCACCGACCCGGACGACGAGACGAGCAGCAGGCGAGGCGAGUGAUAUCACUGACAUGGCACCCACUCACGCGCCAAAAAACAAAACCCGGAAGGAUAAUCCGAUCGUCGGACGGAUCACCUCGCACCUACCAGUGAGUCAUCACCAACCAGCAACGAGGUCGAAAUAAGUCGAGACUUCUUUCCCGAAAAGGCUCAAAUUCAAACCCUUCGCGCUCGAUCGAUAUCGCGUCGGCGCUGGUCCAGCUUCAGAACGCGUCGAACCCAUGCGCCGGUUGAAUGGUAAAGAAGAAGAAGUUGGUGGUACUCCAGCUGAGAAGGACGUCGCGGUUGUUGGACUCUGUAAAAGCUUUGGCCGAUUCCGGGGGCUUUCCGGUCGCCGGUGGACGUCGGUCGGUUGCUUGGACUGCGCACAAGUACAGUUCCUUGCUGAUGACCCCGACGUCUCCUGGUUUGAGUGCGGAGUUCUCCCGUGGAGAAAGAGGAAAGACGUGCUAGUACGGGUGCCCUGUUGCUGCGACGGGGACAAGUCAAAGUGCCUUCCGCUAGCGACACAUCAUCGUUCCUCGCAAAAACUUGCCCGCUGUCCCGAAUUCAAUCUCCGGAGAUGUUUGUUCGCGUGAUCGCGCCCUGGUUAAGUUCGAACACACGAGACCGCGCUACCAGCGCGUCGUGGCCCAUCUUCCAUACCAUGCGUUGCCGAAGGCUUGUUAAUGCACCACUACGGCUGCUGCAGCUGCUGCUGCUACUGGAUUGGGAAGUCUAGCACUGCUAGCAACAAACACUCCUGAGUUCAAUAAAAAAAAACGAACAUUCCUUGAUCCAAGCCAGUUUUUGAACCGCCAAACCAAGGUUUUCUUUCACAUUCCGUCGCUCGAUUCGAUGCGGAUAAUCGCACGCACGCAGCUGCAGCCAGCCAGAAUCAGGCCGUCGCAUCGCAAGUGGGCAACAACACCACUGUUGCUGCUGCCGCCGCUGAGACGACGUGAGAUUCUAAGCAGGAAGAAGCAAUGAUUCCGUCCACUUCAUUCGGCCGUCCGGCGCCUGACGCGGCCCGGAACUCCCAAACACCACGAUGCGGAGUACUAUCCAACCGAAAACGCGCGAGUUAAUACGCAAACAACGCGCGGCGCCUGCCUACCCGUGACCCGAAACGCUCCUUUCUCCUUCCUCCCUCCCUCGCUUUGCUUCCACCACGGCUCCAUAAUAAAAGCGUUCCCCUUUUUCCGCCCCCGCCCGUUCCCCCCCCGUCGCAGGCACCCCAGAUCUCGCCCACACACCCCCAGCUUCUUGUACUUCCUACUUCCUUCAAUUCCCCACUUCUCCCCUCACCGACGAUCAACUGGCCGCCCCAAUCCGUGUUUGUUCGGCGCUCCCAAUCUCUCCCAGCUGCCGGGCGGUGGCCACAUUGACCUGCUCCGUCCCCUUCCCGCGUUGAGCGCUUCUGCGUUGGAUUGUUGGGGGGAUUACGAUCGAUAGCGGUGCCAAGUUCGUGGUUGUUUUGGCUGCGGUUUGGAUCGUGGCGCGCUGCGGAUGGGCUGCACGGGGUCGAGGCACGCGCUGCGGGGCGGGGUCAAGGGCGGCGGCGGCCGGUCGUACCGGCGGAGCGCCUCCGGACCGGCCGCCGUGCACCACCACACCGUCGCCCUCAGGUCCUCCACGCUGGGCUCGCUCAGCCUCGACCGGGACGAGGAGAUGAUCAAGUGGCGCGCCGCCGCCGACGGCGGCCGUGGCGCCGCGGCGGCGAAGGCCACGCCGCUGCCGCUCCCUCUGCCGCCGCCGCCGGCCCCGCAGCAGCAGCCGGCGAGACGUCAAAGGCAGGUGAUUGGCACGCCGACCAAGACGCCGGUCCGCGAGCCCGAGGUGAUCAACGUGUGGGAGCUCAUGGCGGGCCUCGACGACAAGGAGCAGCGCGACGGCGCCGAAGAGCACGAAGACGACCGGCACCGGGAACGGUCGCAGUCGCAGCCGGGAUCCCCGGAUUUCGACCCGGAGAUCAUCUCCGCGUUCCGGAAAGCGCUGGGCGAGGAAGUGUCCCCGCCACGAGACAAGGGCGAAGACGACGAAUGCGUGAUCAUCAGGAAGCGCGAGAUACAGAGGUUCCCGGGCAUCGUGCGCGCGCGUGUCAGCGCGUUCCAGCAGAGGAUCGACGCCAAGCUCGCCAAGAUGGCGCGCGCCACGCCGGUGCCCGCGCCGGCACCGGCGCCUCCGGAGCCGCAGCAGCUGCUGCCUCCGCCGCCGCCGGACAGCCAGCGGAAGGUGGUGCUGUACCUGACGAGCCUGCGCGGCAUCCGCAAGACGUUCGAGGACUGCUGGGCCGCCAAGUGCAUCCUGCAGGGCUACGGCGUGCGUGUCGACGAGCGCGACCUGUCGCUGCACGGCGGGUUCAAGGACGAGCUCCACGCCUCGCUCGGCGCCAAGGCGGGCAGGCUCCCGCAGGUGUUCGUCGACGGGAAGCACCUGGGCGGCGCCGACGACAUCCGCCGCCUGCACGAGGCCGGGGAGCUCUCCAGGGCGCUGGAGUGCUGCGACACGUCGCCGUCGGUCGGCGUCGCCGGGUGCGGCGGAGGCAAGGGCGGCGUCGCGCUGGAGGCGUGCUCCGGGUGCGGCGGCGUCCGGUUCGUCCCGUGCGAGGAGUGCUCCGGCAGCUGCAAGGUGUUCCUCGAGGAGCUCGACAGCUUCCGGCGAUGCCCCGAGUGCAACGAGAACGGGCUAGUGCGCUGCCCUCUCUGCUGCUUGUAACGGGAUUGGGACUUACUUCCGUAGUGUGGUUCUUUUGGAAUUUCUGAUGAGUGACCUUGUUAGUUCGGAUGAUUUGUUGUACAGAGAAGUGGAGUACACUUCUGUAGUUCUACUACGUUUUAGGACUGAUCAAGUAACAUGUUCCUGUAAUGUUCUUACUAGUAUUUCCCAGUGGGAUUGGAAUUGGAAGUGUAAGAGCAGAAACGACUGCAAUUUGAUGGACAAGGAUAGUUCUGAAUCCGUAA